CUCGGCUCGGCCCCCCUCCCCACCCGACGUUUCUCCUCCCCCUCCUCUUAGCCAGCCAGCCCGCCCGCGGCUGAAACUUCACCCCCAACACAAAGCCCGGCUGAGGGAGGGGGGGACACUACACAGACCUGCUGCUCCUGCUCCUCCUGCUGCUGCUGCGUGCGUGCGUGCGUGCGGGGCGUGGGAGGUGACUCCCAGCCACACACUUUUGAUUAUCGUUAUUAUCUGGGCUGGGUUGUUCUUGAAGUCUCCCAUCCCAGGAGAGGCAGAGCGCGCGCGAGACUCUACUAGUCGCCGAGGCGAGAGCACGGAAGGACAGACUCCUCCCGCUUCCCUGCUUGACAGGAGAAAGAGCCUGAGCAUCAAAGAUCUCGACUGAUUCCGCCAUCACUUGAACUUUCCUUCUGGUUAGAAAACAGUAUUGAUUCCAUUCACAUAAGAAACGUGGACUUCUGAUAGAAAAAAAGAGAAGGUGGCAGAAUCCACACUGUGAACAAGACACGAAAUUUGGAGACAUGGUAGCUGCUGUAUAGGGGAUUAAACCUGCCAAGUUUCAGUCUUAGUUUCCCUGUGGACGAAAAUGGCAAAAGAAAGUCAACAUCAGGCCCUAGCGGCGCCACUAAGCACCACUGUUGCGGCUGCAGUAGCAAGUAAUGUCACAGAUACAGCAAUUCCUGGAGGAGCAGGAAAGGGGGGUCCAAAAGAAGAUGCCUUUUCAAAGUUAAAGGAGAAAUUUAUGAAUGAGCUGAACAAAAUCCCAUUGCCACCUUGGGCCUUAAUAGCCAUAGCCAUAGUUGCAAUCCUAUUAGUCCUUACCUGCUGUUUCUGUCUGUGUAAGAAAUGCUUGUUCAAAAAGAAAAACAAGAAGAAGGGCAAGGAAAAGGGAGGAAAGAAUGCGAUUAACAUGAAAGAUGUAAAAGAUUUAGGCAAGAACUUGAAAGACCAGGCCCUUAAGGAUGAUGAUGCUGAAACAGGGCUGACUGAUGGAGAAGAAAAAGAAGAGCCAAAAGAGGAGGAAAAAUUAGGGAAAAUCCAGUAUUCUUUGGAUUACGACUUUCAGAACAAUCAGCUUUUAGUCGGGAUUAUUCAGGCUGCAGAACUGCCUGCUUUAGAUAUGGGUGGUACAUCUGAUCCUUAUGUGAAAGUUUUCCUGCUUCCUGAUAAAAAGAAGAAAUAUGAAACAAAGGUUCACAGGAAGACCCUUAAUCCUGUCUUCAAUGAACAAUUUACAUUCAAGGUGCCGUAUUCUGAACUGGGAGGAAAAACCUUAGUGAUGGCAGUAUAUGACUUUGAUCGCUUCUCCAAACAUGAUAUCAUUGGGGAGUACAAGGUGGCCAUGAACACCGUGGAUUUCGGUCAUGUGACUGAGGAGUGGCGAGAUUUGCAAAGUGCUGAAAAAGAAGAGCAAGAGAAGCUUGGUGACAUCUGCUUCUCUCUCCGCUAUGUGCCUACUGCUGGCAAGCUGACUGUUGUCAUCCUAGAAGCAAAGAACCUGAAGAAAAUGGACGUGGGAGGCUUAUCAGACCCCUAUGUGAAAAUUCAUCUGAUGCAGAAUGGAAAACGGCUGAAGAAGAAGAAGACAACAAUUAAGAAGAACACUCUGAAUCCCUAUUACAAUGAGUCUUUCAGCUUUGAAGUACCAUUUGAGCAAAUCCAGAAAGUGCAAGUUGUUGUGACAGUUUUGGACUAUGACAAGAUUGGCAAGAACGAUGCCAUUGGCAAAGUGUUUGUGGGCUACAACAGCACUGGUGCGGAGCUGCGACAUUGGUCAGACAUGUUGGCCAACCCGAGGCGACCUAUUGCACAGUGGCACACCUUACAGCCAGAGGAAGAGGUAGACGCCAUGCUUGCAGUGAAGAAGUAAAAGGAGAAUGACAUGAGAAAAGAAGCCUUUCUGCAUUUGCCCAUAUAGUGCUCUUUAGCCAGUAUCUGUAAAUACCUCAGUAAUAUGGGUCCUUUUAUUUCCAGCCAUGCAUCCCUAACACAGAUCAGUGGUACUUCAAAUCUUGUUUUAAUUUGCACAACUUUAAAUGUAGAAAGCCCUAUCAGGCCCCCCAUCUCACCACUGCCCUCAAAUCGACUCUUCUUUUAAGCAAUAUGUGUAGAUAGAGCAUGACGGAAAUUAUUUAUUGUAUCACACAGUUGUACAUACCAGUAUGCUAAAAGAAAAAAAUUAUUUCUAGUCCGUUUAUUUGUAUGUUGUAAGCGUUUCCUAAUCUGUGUAUAUCUAGAUGUUUUUAAUAAGAUGUUCUAUUUUAAAUUAUGUACAUUGACUGAGAUAUAGGAGAGCUGAUAAUAUAUUAUAGGGUAACUAACUAUCGUAUCGUCUGCAUUCCAGCAAAAAUUCCAACUUGUAAGGCACUAGUAGUGUUACACUGACAUCUUAAAGGACAACUUAAAUCUGAGCUUUCAACCGAACCAUUAAAAGAUCGAGGUAUGCUCACAUGGCACUCCUUGGAAGGGUUAAUCCCAUUGGUAAUCUUUUCUCAUGGGCAACUUAGCAUGAUCUGAGCAGCUCCACAGCUGACCUCAAGGAAGCGUAGCCAGAAGCCGGUAUAUCAUUUUUUCCUGUAUAUAGAUAUAUAUAAAAAUAAACUGAAAUCAUGGCUUUACACUUAGAAAUUGAAGGUACAAUUCUUUGGGGGGUGGGGAAGGGAGGGACCAUUAAUUUUUACACAUAUCAACAUAUAAAUUGGAGGUGGGGAGUUAAAUCAAAGGGGUGAGGAUGCAAUCGUAACAAACUUCUGCAACUGACCAUGGCAAACACAUACCUGAAACCCAGUAGCUCUCCGUCUAUUACCUUUAUACAAAAUUUGCAUACUGUGAAUCCCAUUUGUGCUCUCACAUUCUCUAAUUCUAAUGAGUUUGCACAUUAGACUUUGUAACAAAAUAUUUUAUUAUACUAAGCCAGAUGAGAAGGAAUGCAGAAUAUUUUUUAAAACAAACAAACAAAAAUCACCACCGUGUGUGUUUAUUAUACAAAAGUAGUUUCAUGGUGACGAGACAGUAUUGUAAAAUCCCAUCAAAAGAUGACAAAAAAAAUUAGCCAUAUUUCUGAAUGCACUUCAAAGCAAGCCAAAAGAUAACAGCUAGUGACCUUUUAUAUACUAUUUAUACUUAAUAAGUUUUAAUUUGUCCUUUAAAAAAAGUGAAACAAAACAAAGAACAAGUUCUAGCAAACUGAAGCAACCUCUUAUGUACACUAGUUGCUUGUUUCAGGAGGAGUUUUUAAAUGUUUUCAAUGUUACUAUGUAGUAAAUGGCACUAUUAUGAAGCUAUUAGUCAUUCCAUAAGCGUCUUAAAGACUGCUCUGUGUAUCACUGUGACUGCCGUGUGUGCUUAGAAACUGUAGUUUUCUCAGUGGAUAGCAAUCAAUUUAUUCCGUUGUGAUAUUGUAAAAAUACUGCCAUUCCCUUCUACUGCACUGCCGAAGGAGUGCAUAGCACAAGCAGUUCUCCUACCUAUGGACCAAUCCAGAACUGAAGAGCUAUGCAUAGGACAAGGGCAUCAUACAAAGCAGAUUGACCACACAGCAUUUUGUCGACACUGUGCAAUAUUCCAUAUCUCCCCUCCACCCUGGUUUUAUGGUGGACAGUUGUCCUACAGAUAAGACAGUCAGUCAUCUCAGAUGAUACCAUUUCAUUGUGUAAUGUGUUGGCAGUACUUUUUUUUAGCUCAGGUCUCUUCCUUGGAGGCAUCUUUUACUUACUUACUUAAGAGACUGUGAAUAUAAUGUGUUGAAGUACUGGUUCUAUUUUUCGUGUCACCCAGCACCAAAAACACCGGGAGGUAGUCCAAAAAAAAAAGAAAGAGCAUCUUUUUGUAGAAAAAGUGGGGUUUUCCUAGAAAUAACUGGAUAAUCCAGUUAAAAAAAAAGUCCAAAGGCAUCACCAAAACAUUUUUGAAUGAUAAUUUCCCCUUUCUCAGAGCUGUGGGUCUAAGCUUCACCCUUAAGAAGUGGAGAAUUUUUUAACUCACAAGUCGCAAAUUGAAUUUGCAGCAAUAUGAUCUACAUGGCUUCCCAAAAGACAAGAGUGACAACAUCUAUCACUCUGGAGGUCUUUCUGUUUUCUGUAUGAAACAGAAAAAGGCACAGUUGAGUCAUAUAAGCUAAGAUAUAUAUAAGAAAAUCUUACAGGAAUACUUUUAUAACCUUACUGUUUUGAAAGGACCAAAUCCCACCAAAGAGAAGAGCUAAACAGGCCUGCAGCCUACAAGGAGAGAGUUUCAGCUCCACUGUAACUUCUUUUAGUUGUUCAUUGCAGCAGGGACAAGGAAAAAAAGCAUCUUGAAAUUUACAGGCUCAAACUGCCAGAACUGAUUCAUUGUGUUAAGGUAUUCUUAAUCCAUUUUCUUCCAACACUGCCAGACUGAAUGUCACCAUAGAAUUGGUUGCUAAUGUACUAUAGGUCUCAGCAGAGAGCAGACCUGCUAUUUGACAAAGAUGACAUUCUCAUCCUCAAAAGAAGCCACAUGUACCUUUCUGACAAAGCUGUGUACAAGUAUUAGAAUCUGAUGCUGUAGAAAGAUCCUAGUUGCCUUUGUGUAUAUUUACUGCCUGCUUGAGUGUUUCUAUGUGUGGAUUUUUCUCUGUAUCUUGUAGAAAUGUUUGGGGUGUUCUAUCCUGCCAUAUUGCUCGUGGCCUGCGAGCUGACACGUUUAGGUGUAUUUUACGUUCAGUUUUGAUGAGGUGGUUUAUAUUUUGUUUCACUUUUGUGUAGUGAAUUCCACGGUAGUUUUUCC